UUAGUUCCUCAGGGCCGUGAGUCUGAUUGGUUAUAUGGCUCUGCUGAAGGUCGGACUCAAUUAGCAUCCAGUGCAAAAUUCAGACGCCUGGUCAUUGUGGCAAUGCAUAGAGAUCAGGAGUAUGAGGACAUGCAGGCUGUCCAAUCAGAGCUCUCUCCAGUGGUGAUGGAACUCGCUCCUCCUGGAAUGCCAGCCAAUCAGCAGGUGCCGUUCCUGUCUGUGGGAGGAGAUCUGGGGUGGAGGGAAGUCAUCGGACGAGGGGUCAGUGCUUUGACUGGAGAGUAUUCCGUGGAGGAUGUGAGAGGAGAGGAUGGUCACCUCUAUCGCAGGCUCAUCUUCAUGAACAAUUCCCAGCUGGUGCAGUCAGAAAGCAGACUGCGGUCUGCCGCCACAGCUUCUUCUGCUCAUAAAAAGAAGAACAAGAAAAAAUCCAAACCGUCUGUUUCUGAAGCCCCUGCUUUAACAGAUGCUAAAGAUCGCAUUGCGGACAGAGGUUUUCUCUGCUGUACACACCAUGAAGUCAUGGUGGCGGGUUUAGCCAUGCUAGGAAUGGAUGCAAUCAAUAAUAAAGAUCACCCAAUGUCUGUGUUACUGGUGGGACUUGGUGGCGGUGGUUUACCCCAGUUUGUGCAUGACUUUGUGCCGUUUGCACGGGUUGAGGUGGUUGAACUGGACCCAGCUUUACUGGAAGUGGCUCAGUCCUGGUUUGGAUUUCAGACUGACGAGAGACUGAAAGUUAUACUUGGAGAUGGACUGGAGCACAUCAAAACUCUGGAGAGUAAGGGAGGACAUUCUUUUGAUGUCAUCAUGUUUGACGUUGACAGCAAAGACACGACCCUGGGCAUGAGCUGCCCUCCAUCUGCCUUUGUAGAAACAUCACUUCUGAAGAAAGUUUACAGCUUAUUAACCCCUCGAGGACUAUUCAUGUUGAACCUAGUGUGUCGUGACUCGGCUCUCAGGAAGUCAGUUCUCGAACGUGUUCAAGCUGUGUUCACGUGUGUGUUCUCUCGUGGAAUCGAGGGUGAAGUCAAUGAGGUGCUGCUGUGCUGCAGAAGUGCAGGAGAGGGACACAAACCUCACAGCAUUCCACAAACGUUACAGCAGACAGCAAGAGACCUACAGAAGACACUACGUGCCAACACCCAGACUGCACCAUGUGUGCCUCAAAUAGACAUUACUGCAAUGCUGAAUGACCUGAAAGUGAUCUAAAGAUUGAGAAAAGUUUGGAGCGACAACUAAAAAUAAUAAAAUUAAUGGCUGGUUUGACCUGAAAAAUGUGCAUCAUAUUCAAGGUUAAGAAAUUAACUUAGCUGUAAUCGUAUGUUGCCAGACCUUUGACGAAAUGGCAUACAGCCUGGUCCAUAUUGCAGCUUAUUCUGGAAACAGCUAAACAAAACAUCUACUUAGAAGGGAAGGGGUCAUCUGAAUGAUAUUUAAAACAACCAUCACAGUUUGUUUAGACAUUGCGUAGCAUUUAGGGAAAAUUACAUCUGAAAUAAACGAAUCCCUUCUUUUAUAGCCCAUUUUCAAAUGUUUAAACAUAUAUUGUGUAUAUAUGAAAAAUAUAACAACCUUUAUC